CUAGCAGUCGCUCUGAAAACUGUUCGCCAUAAACCAAUCCUGGAACGCUUUUGUAAGCAGGCCACCCUGUUCAGUAUCGAUACCGAGCUGCGCAAACAAAUCUGGGCGAUACAUCCUUGCCAAAUCCCCAAGCGUGAAGAUUGCACGACGAUCAAACCCUUCGAUUGCCGAUCCGAGGUUGAUCCCUUGGCGAUUCAGCCAGUAUUUGAAGGGGGUUUCAACGCUGAACAUGGAAUCUUCUUCUCGGAAAGGAUUCUCAGGUGUGUCCAAGCUGAUUAG